GCCUGCUGCCUGGGGUCCUUCCUCUCCGCGACUACCCCGAGGGUCAUGUACAGAAUCGCGUAGCUGCAAUUCGUGCUCUGAAAUCAAACGCUUGUUUUACUUAGACGGAUUGAAUUGGACAUUGUUUGGAGAUAUGAUGGGCGGCAGGACGAGUGCGAUAGCGGCCGGGGUCGGCGCGGCGCUCUUCGUCGGUUACUGUAUUUAUUUCGACAGGAAACGGAGGAGCGACCCAAACUUCAAGAGCAAGCUGAGAGAACGAAGGAGGAAGCAGAAAGCAGCACAGGAGAAAGCAGGAAUGUCACGGCUACCGGACUUGAAAGAUGCCGAAGCUGUUCAGAAAUUUUUCCUGGAAGAGAUUCAGCUGGGAGAAGAGCUGCUGGCACAGGGUGACUAUGAGAAAGGAGUGGAUCACCUGACCAAUGCCAUAGCGGUGUGCGGUCAACCUCAGCAGCUCCUCCAGGUGUUGCAGCAGACUCUGCCGCCACCCGUCUUCCAGAUGCUCCUCACCAAACUGCCCACCAUCAGCCAGCGCAUUGUCAGUGCACAGAGCUUGAGCGAUGAUGACGUCGAAUGAGACUGAGGCCCUUUUAAACAUGACCCUCCCUCAGUACAACCUUCAAACUUCUCCCUGUUUUCACUGCUCCAUGUUUAAACUACUGUUUCAUUCUAUCCAUUGUGCAAAAUAUCCACUAACCUACACCCCCCCCUCCCUCUCCAUUCUCAAUAGAAGAUUUGAAAAGAUUUCCCUAAAAGGCAACCUGAACCUGUAAAUGAUGCCACCAGAUAUUAGAAAUGUCCUUUUUUUUUUGCUUUUGUAACAUUUAACUGUGUUUUAUCAGAACCUGAUUUCAAGUUUUGUGCUUUCCACAUACAGCACUUUCUUGUUUUUGGAUGUUGUAUAAAUGGGAUAAAUGAGAAAGAA